AAAAAAAACUACGGCUACGCGCAAAGACGUUGCGGGGGAAAUAAGUCCAGUGUUUCAGGCGUCGCUGGGUUAAAAAUAGCUGUUAAGUAUAUUGUCAAAGCUGAUCCCGUUUUGUGUGUGUGUACAUUGCCUGCGGGUUUUCGGGGAGACUUUCAGUUUGGCACAAAGACGCACCUGGAGCAGCGCUGCGACUUUUCACUCAAGGAAGGCGGACAAAAAAAACUUCUUCAGCAUCUGGGUCGGCUGCUCGUUUUUAAAGCUGACUUUUUUUCUUUCUUUUUUUUUGAAACUCUAUAGGCUGUUACGCGCUUGGACAUUUAUUUGAUGUUAUUUAUAUCAACAUAUGAGCAGUUUCGCUGGCGUUAUGGCACAUGGAAGCUUCCUCCGAGAAGUUUGAAAAAACACAGCUUGUCAUUUAUACAUCAUCAAGUUUUCAAUGGUUGUUUUCCUAGCCGGAGAAGUAUAUUAUACGUCUCCACUACAGCUUUUAGUGGAGGGUUUUGAAACGCGCUGAUCGCUCACCAAGUCCCAUUUUUCCACUGGCAGACGCGCUGAGGUUCAUUUCAGCUGCGGUGCGCAACUCUUCCAACUUCCUUGAGCGUGUGAGACAGAGACAGAGACUGAGACAGGCAGCAGGAGAGGAACAGGGAAGACUUCGGUGCCUUUUCUGAUAACCCUCGCUGUUGUGAUGCGAAUUCCCGUAGAUCCCAGCGCCAGCCGGAGGUUCAGUCCGCCGUCCAAUAGCCUCCAGCCGGUCCCAGGAAAGAUGAAUGAUGUGAGCUCUCCAAACGGGCAGCCGGACGCAGCGGCGGCGGUGCCAAGACUGCGCCCCCACGAAAACCGCAGUAUGGCGGAGAUCAUCGCCGACCACCCGGCCGAGCUGGUGCGCACUGACAGCCCCAACUUUCUCUGUUCGGUCCUGCCUUCACACUGGCGCUGCAACAAGACGCUGCCCGUCGCCUUUAAGGUGGUUGCUCUGGGUGACAUCCCCGACGGGACUGUGGUCACAGUGAUGGCAGGGAACGAUGAGAAUUAUUCUGCUGAGCUGAGGAACGCUUCAGGUGUGAUGAAGAACCAGGUAGCACGUUUCAACGACCUCCGCUUCGUGGGCCGCAGUGGCAGAGGCAAGAGCUUCACGCUGACAAUCACAGUAUUCACCAACCCUCCACAAGUGGCUACUUACCACCGAGCCAUUAAGGUCACCGUAGACGGACCACGUGAGCCCAGGAGGCAUCGUCAAAAGCUGGAGGACCCUCCCAAGGCCGGUCUCUUCUCAGACCGCCUGAGUGAGCUGGAGAGGAUGAGGGUGAGGGUCAGCGUUCCCACCCAAGGUCCUCGGCCCACCCUAAAUACAGCAGCCAACUCCUUUAACCCACAGGGCCAGACACAGAUAACAGACCCUCGUCAGUCCCAGUCCCCUCCUCCCUGGUCAUAUGAACAGACGUACCCGUCCUACCUGAGUCCCAUGGCAUCCCCCUCAGUCCACUCCACCACCCCCCUGUCCUCCAGCCGAGGCACGGGCCUGCCUGCCCAUGGCUGCUGCGAACACUCGAUGUCACAGUGUUCGCCGUCAUUGACGGGCGUGUUUGUUUUGUUUGUCUCCGUGUCCGUAGGUUCUUCUGACCUGAGCCCCUUCCCCGGUCAGUUUGAGCGGCAGUUCCCAGGACUCUCCUCCCUCACAGACACUCGCUUCUCCGGCCCUCGGAUGCACUACCCGGCCACCUUCACCUACACCCCACCAGUCACCUCUGCCAUGUCCCUAGGCAGCGCCCACUACCACACCUACCUUCCCCCUCCUUACCCCGGCUCCACCCAGAGCCAGAGCGGACCCUUUCAGACCAGCAGCACCCCCUAUCUCUACUACGGAGCUUCGUCCGGCUCGUACCAGUUCUCCAUGGUCCCGGGGGGCGAUCGCUCACCUUCCCGGAUGAUCCCGCCUUGCACUAGCGCCUCCACAGGCACCACUCUGGUCAACCCCAACCUGCCCAGCCAGACUGAGGGUGGCGUGGAUGGCGACGGCAGCCACAGUAACUCCCCAACCAUUCUCAACCCCGGAGGCCGGAUGGAUGAAGCUGUCUGGAGGCCAUAUUGAAGAAAAGCAGAACUGGGAAAUUCAGAAUUCCGCUGAGGGCAUGGUUUGAAAGCACAAAACCUUUUUUUUUUUUUUAUUUGAAAAAAAGGGGGAUUUUUGAGCUCUCAUUUUCUAUCUCUACAUUUUGCUUGGAAAUUAUGGUUGAAACAAUAUUCAUGGAAAAAAAAGAGCAGACUUAUGGACCAGUCUUCCUGGAAUGUGUCCUGACCAAAGCACUACAAAGGGAGUCAUUUUCACAGCAAUAAUGAGAAAGACAGUUUUUGGUUUACUACGCCCAUGUGGAUGAGACACUUCAGUUUGAUUAAAAUCCACAAGCUAAGGGAUGCUUCGACAAUAUUUGUAGAAGACUGCCUCUUUUGUAUAGUGUUUCUAUUUCAAUAAGGCUUUUUUUGCAGAGCAUGAUAUUUUUUUUUUUUUUUUUUUUGUAUGACGACAAUAUCGAGAUGCAAGUUAAGCACUGAGUAGCGAGUGAUGAGAGUAACACGUAUGUUACCUUUAAGUGGUACGGACGGUAAAUUUGCUUUGAAACAUUUAAUUUAACGUGUAUAUUGUUGGUGAAACGAUGUAGAUUGAGGCGUAUUUCUUAGUUUUAACUUAUAAAAGCCAUAAAUUAUGUAUUGUAUUUUAAACUUGAGUCGAAGAAGUGUAAUCUGAAUAUUUUUGAUGCAUCUAUAAUGACUAAGUUAAAAUGAGUUUUUCUUAUUUGAUAGGUAAUUUAAAAGAGUGAGAAGUAUUGUUUGUUUUUGUUUUUUUUUUGUUUUGUUUUUUUUUUCUUUUCUUUUCUUUUUGUAGCACCCAAUGAUUUAAAUUGUUUCAAAUAUGAAAUGUAAAUUCCAAAGAGUAUUGCAACAUGUUUUUUUUCUGGUGUAACUUUUGGUUUAACUGCUCCACACGUUAAGAGCUUCAACAUCUUCGCUAGGCGUUGACACACAUUUGGCUUGGAAUUAAACCUUUGGUAUUUAUUGAGCAAUAACUCGCAUUGUGCCUCUUGGCAACGUACCGCCAAAGAGAGCUUCAAUGGGGGAGAAAUAAUUACCCGUUGGGGGGAAAGUCUGCUUGAUUUCUGUAGUUUGUCUCGUCUGACAUGCACGCAGAAUAAUACAUAUAUAUAUUUUUCUUUCUCAUCCAAAGAGAAAAUUGUAUAUUUAUGCACAAACUGACGCCGAGCCCAAAGAUGAUGAUUGCACUGCAACGUCUGGCGGUGCACUCCAAAGCGGCGGCUCAGGACUCCUCAGGAGUGUGGAAGAAUCCCUCCGAUUUUUUUUCAUAUCUCUGCUCUGUCAAGAUCACGGGGGGAAACAUGCCAAGUCUAUUGUAGCUUUGAGAUAGCUUUGAAAAAGUUUGUCUUAGUGUGAAACACACGUGGGUACUUUCUCUUUUUUUCUUCCUUCUCUUUUUUCAGUCUUUAAGAUUGAACAGGAGAUAUCACAGUUACAGACAAAAAUCAACUGUGACAUUCCUUCAGAUGUUUAUUUAUUCCAAAGAUUUUGCUUCUGUUGACAUGAUUUACCAAGUGUAUAUACACACAGGUUUUCAGUGGUGACACUGGUCACCGUCGAAAACCUCUCUGUGGCACCGGGAUGAGUGGGAGGUCUGAGGUUUUACAAUCUGAAAUUACUAUUUGUUUUGUUUUUCUCUCUCUCUCUCUCUCUGGUUCUCUCUUGUGUGUGUUUGAGAAAAAGGAAAAAGUGCAAAAACGGAGGUGAUUGGAUGCAGCUGCUGGCAGCAAACUGGCAACCGAAAAAAUAUGGGAGACUUGUGUAUGUUUGUUUCAUAAAGCAUUUAUUUCUUGUUUUAUUUCUAGCAGCACUUGUGGCUCGCCGCCAGCUGGGCUCAUGGUUUUGAUCCUCACUGCCGAAAUAAUGCCACUGGAGUCUCUUUCACACACACACACACACACCGAAUGGAUAACACUUGGCCAAACAAGCCAUUUAUAUUGGAGCUGAGUCUGAUCUCACAAGGCAGUUGGUAUUUGUUUGAAAAAAAAAAAAAACUUUUUUCCCUCUUUCAUGCAACGUGAUACUCGGUCCAUAUAGGUAAUAUAAUAACCCAAUUUUAAAAAGCUGAGAAAAACAGGAUCCUGUCCAAGGAUUCCAACUUUGUGCUUUUCAUUGGAGGUUUGCACGUAGCACCUCUCUCUCCCUCUCUCUCUCUCUCUCUCUCUCCAGUCUCUGCGGAGGAUGUCCUGAACUCACUUAACGGAAUUGAGUGUGUCACACUACAUUUCCCCGACUGCUGCGGCCCGAAUGAAAAGCUGUUAUACAGUAACAGAUGAAAUCAAAUCAAACCCCUUUUAGGCCGUUGUCAUGUUUUAUGUCAAACACAAGUCGAUCCAGUGUCUCCACAGCACCCAUUUAUUUAUGUUCCUUUUAAACUGUUUACACAUCAGUGCAGCACUGACAUCCCAUCCUGUCCUCAUGUCUCUUUGUUUGUGGGUUUUUUCUUUUUCUUUUUUUUUUAUCUCUUUGUUCAUAAAUUAAGAGCUUCAUCCUUUUAAUUUCCUAUGAUUUAAUGUCGCAUACAUCCGAGUCCUUGUAUUAUUUAAUGAUCAACAUGUAUGAUAUGGAGGAAGUGUCCUUUACAUUAUCUGCUCUCGUGUAAAGCGCUCUUGUUAUGUUUCUGUUGUUAUGCUUCUUUUCUCAUGAACUCUUGUCAGGAAAAACAGAAGCUAACGGAGGCACCGUUAGUCUUUGCUGGUACGUUUCAUCAAACAUCGAGUGACUUUUUUUUUUUUAUAAAGGGACAACACACCUGACAACAGUGAGUGAAAUUGGCAUUAUGAUUGUACAUUUAGUUUAUUUUAAGAAUAAAAUAUGAAUUUUGUAACUCA